CUUGUCGCAUACUACUUACUUAGAUACUAAAAGCAGCUGAAAGCUUUCCCUUAAGACGUUUUAGUUCAACUUGUGACUGAGGGGAGCCUAGGGAACUCUAGCUAGUUACGCCAAGCUUUCAUGGCGUUAAGAACUCUCCAACGAGGGUGUUGUUGCGGAACGACACCACAGCGGAGGUUAUGUCCGGUGUUGCGGCCUCAGGUCGCAUCAACGAGGAGGCGGCUGGUACUUACCGCCGGUCAAGCACAGUCUGGGAAUACAGCAACGAAACGGCGACUUAGUGGACCGCCGAACCUUCCGCCAAUUGACAGCAAUGGUGGCGGUGGGGGUGGGGGCGGCGACGGAUGGGGUUGGGAGCGCACAGCUCGAAACGUGGCGCCCAACCUCUUUGUACUCGGCCUCUACUUCUUCGUCACGGGGUACGGCGGCGAUAACUUCGGUGGCUGGGGUGGUGGCGGUGGCGGAGGAGGAGGCGGU